GGCCGCUGCUGGCCGCUUCGUCGUGCGCGCCUGACCGCCGCAGCUUCUCGCACGCCUCGCACACCAAAUCCAGCGUCUACAAAUGCCCCGCAACCCCGCCAAACAACACCUCUCUCCCACGCCCCCAGAGACCGCUGCACCGCGCCCCCAAACACGUCCGCCACUGCUCCUACCAGCGCAACAUGUGCAAGCACGCCUUCGGCACGGAGGUGUCGAGCUCCUCCAUAGACAUCACCAAGGGCCGCGAGGUCCUGCCCAAGAAUGUCAAGCCGCUGCACUACCAUCUGACCCUCGAGCCGAAUCUGGAGACCUUCGAGUACGAGGGCACCGUUGUGAUUGACCUGGACGUCGUUGAAGACACCACCGAGAUCGCCCUCAAUACCAUCGACCUCGAAAUCCACUCCACCAAGGUCAGCUCCGGCGACAAGCUCAUUUCUUCGUCGCCGAAGGUCAGCUACAAUGAAGACACCCAGACCACUACUGUGUCGUUCAGCGAGACCAUCCCCGCGGGGUCCAAGGCUACGCUUACGCAGACCUUCACUGGCGAGCUGAACAACAACAUGGCUGGCUUCUACCGUUCGUCAUACAAGGGUGCUGAUGGCUCGGAAAAGUUCAUGGCGACCACGCAGAUGGAGCCGACAGACGCUCGGCGGGCCUUCCCGUGCUUCGACGAACCCGCCCUGAAGGCAGAGUUCACCAUCACAUUAGUCGCCGACAAGGGCCUGACGUGCUUGAGCAACAUGGACCAAGUGUCAGAGACUGAGGCGGGCGGAGGCAAGAAGAAGGCUGUGACCUUCGGCAAGACCCCGCUCAUGUCUACCUACCUCCUGGCUUUCAUCGUUGGAGAACUCAACGUCAUCGAGACGAACAACUUCCGCGUCCCCGUCCGUGUUUUUGCUCCUCCUGAUAGGGACAUCGAGCAUGGCCGGUUCUCGCUCGAGCUUGCUGCCCGCACACUGGAUUUCUACGAGAAGAAGUUCAACAGCCCAUUCCCUUUGCCAAAGAUGGACAUGGUGGCCAUUCCUGACUUCAGUGCUGGCGCUAUGGAGAACUGGGGCCUCGUGACGUACCGUGUCGUAGACUUGCUGUUCGAUGAGAAGACUAGCGGUGCUUCCACCAAGCAGCGAGUCGCCGAGGUCGUACAGCACGAGCUCGCCCAUCAAUGGUUCGGUAACCUUGUUACUAUGGACUUCUGGGACGGGCUUUGGCUCAACGAGGGAUUUGCCACGUGGAUGUCGUGGUACUCGUGCAACGAGUUCUACCCCGAGUGGAAGGUCUGGGAAGGCUACGUCACCGACAACCUACAGAGCGCUCUCUCCUUAGACUCUCUACGAAGCAGCCAUCCUAUUGAGGUUCCGGUCAAGCGCGCCGACGAGAUCAACCAGAUCUUCGACGCCAUUUCGUACUCCAAGGGUUCGUGCGUCUUGCGCAUGAUCUCGAAGUAUAUUGGCGAAGAUGUCUUCAUGGAGGGCAUUAGACGCUACCUCAAAAAGCACGCGUACGGCAACACCCAAACCGGCGAUCUGUGGGCUGCGUUGAGUGAUGCCAGCGGCAAGGAGCUGGAAAAGGUCAUGGACAUCUGGACCAAGAACGUUGGUUUCCCCGUCGUCACAGUGACCGAGGACGAGAAGGCUGGUUCCAUCCAUGUCAAGCAGAACCGCUUCCUGCGGACUGCUGAUGUGAAGCCUGAGGAGGACAAGACUCUCUUUCCCGUUUUCCUUGGCCUCCGGACCAAGGACGGUGUCAACGAGGACCUGACUUUGGAUUCCCGCGAAGCCAACUUCAAAGUCAAGGACCUCGAUUUCUUCAAACUGAACGCCGAUCACUCUGGCAUCUACCGGACUUCUUACACCCCUGAGCGACUGGAGAAGCUUGGUAAAGCAGCCAGGGAAGGUUUCUUGACCGUGGAAGAUCGUGCGGGUAUGAUCGCUGACGCCGGCGCUCUUGCCGCAUCCGGGUACCAAAAGACGUCUGGCAUCCUGUCGCUCCUCGAGAGCUUCAAGAGCGAGCCAGAGUUCGUGGUCUGGGGCGAGAUCACCGGCCGUAUCAGCACUCUCCGCGCCGCCUGGAUCUUCGAGGACGAGGCCGUGCGGACCGCCCUCAAGAAGUUCCAGCUAGACUUGGUCGGAGAAAAGGCGCACCAGCUCGGCUGGGACUUCAAAGACUCCGACGGCCACAUCGAACAGCAGUUCAAAUCCCUGAUGUUCGGCAGCGCAGGAGUCGCCAAAGACGAGCAAAUCGUCAAAGCCGCCUUCGCCAUGUUCGAGAAGUUCAAGAAGGGCGACAAGUCGGCCAUCCACCCCAACAUCCGCGGUAGCGUCUACGCCAUCGUCUUAAGCAACGGGGGCGCUGAAGAGUACGACGUCAUCCUCAACGAAUACCGCACUGCCGCCACCAGCGACGAGCGCAACACGGCCCUCCGCUCCAUCGGCCGCGCCAAGGCCCCCGAGCUGAUCCAGCGCACCCUCGCCCUGCCCCUCAGCGACGAGGUCAAGGGCCAGGACAUCUACCUGCCCAUGGCUAGCUUGCGCUCGCACCCCGAGGGCAUCAAAGCCCUGUGGGCCUGGAUGAAGGCCAACUGGGACGAGCUCGAGAAGAAACUGCCCCCGGGGCUGACCAUGCUGGGCUCGGUGGUCAGCAUCAGCACGGCGAGCUUCACGCAGCCGCAGCAGAGGCGCGAUAUCCAGGACUUCUUUGCGAAGAAGAGCACGAAAGGGUUUGAUCAGGCGCUUGCGCAGAGUCUGGAUGCGAUACGGGCGAAGUCGAACUGGAUUGAGAGGGAUGCGGGGGAUGUCAAGGGGUGGUUGGAGCGGAAGGGGUAUUUGCAGUAGAUGGAUGGUGGAGAUCGGUCGACUUUGUGCAUAGCGCGAGCAUAGCAUGGAGGCAUAGCAUGGAGGUUUAGAUGGGGAGGUGCAUAGAAACUUGUAACGCUUGUAUUAGGGGAGAAGAAAAGUAUGAG